CUGGCAGGGAUUGUAGCUUUUCUCAUGGUGGAAAAAUUUGUAAGGAUAAUGAAAGGGGGGCAUGGUCACAGCCAUAGUCAUUCUUCCCCUGCACCAGAAAAGGAAUCCCCUGAGGAAGAUGAAGACAAAAAAGAGGAGGAAGAGACAAAGGAGGAAGACUCCAAACAGGGAUCAAGUGAUAAAGAGGAAGAAAAGGAGGAAACGUCAACAGAACUACGACAGAGGAAAAAAGAAAAAGACAAUGGGGAUAAAGAGGAUGAAGAUGAUAGAGAAAAGAAAGUAGAAGAAGAAGAAAGGGGUGCUACAGAAGCACCAGAAGAGGAUAUAAAAGUUGCAGGCUACUUGAAUCUUGCAGCCGAUUUUGCUCACAAUUUCACAGAUGGUCUUGCCAUAGGUGCCUCUUUUCUGGUAGGCCAGAAUGUUGGUAUUAUUACCACAAUAACCAUAUUUCUGCAUGAGAUACCACAUGAGAUUGGAGACUUUGCUAUCCUAGUGCAGUCUGGUUGUACAAAGAGAAAAGCUAUGCUUCUCCAAUUCUCCACAGCUAUAGGCGCUAUGCUGGGAACACUAUGUAGUCUAAUGGCGGAGGGUGCAGGCGACUACGCCACCUCGUGGAUCCUCCCUUUUACUGCUGGGGGCUUCAUAUACAUUGCCACGGUGUCCGUGAUACCAGAGCUACUGGAGGACACAAAGUUUUGGCAAUCUGUGAAAGAAAUCAUAGCCUUACUGACAGGUGUCUACAUGAUGGUGUUGAUAGCCCAAUACGAAUAAAGUGCUAGAGUACUAGUAUUCUGUGUUCUUUAAUAAUGUGAUGAUUCUGAUGUUAUCAUUAUAUUGAGCACUAAAAACGUGCAAGGAUCUAUAUAGUAUUGUCAGGUGUUGAUAUUUUGUAGUUUUUUUAAAGUACAGAUAUUGAUAUUCAAUUAUUAUUAUUAUUAUUAUUAUUAUCAUUAUUAUUACCAAUUUUUAAGUUAAGUAGAACAAUAGGAAGAAAAAAUUAGGUAUUCAGUGACGUGUAGGUCAGUGGAUUUUGUAAAUGUCUUUUUUUUUUUUUUUUGGCAUUUGCCUGAGGACAGUUGGUAAAACAUUUGUUGCUGAAUUCAGAAAUAUGCAGUGUUGGUCACUUCCCACCUUGUUAAUAAAACUCUGACCUUGAGGAAUUUAAAGAAAUCCAUAUC